UAGGGCAAUUCGUUCAGAAUUUCGCCGGCGCUGAAGCGCCGAUGAAAUGCGCAGGCGUCAGGCUGAGGCCGUCCCUGAGUUUCACGCAUGCGCGCAGUGCACAGAAGGAUUUGAAAAUGUCGGUUGCAGGUUAAAAAUGAGAAGGAAUUUGUCGCCAGGAAGCUCAAACACGGCACAUCAGUUUUGUUGUCUCUGUCUAGAUGUUUAAAAAGUGGAGCAAGGGAUGCAAUUGACCACCCUUUCUGCUCGGACUGUGGAGAGGGAUUCACUCGGACAUUUGACCAACUGGCACGCCUGUGAUUUACACAGGAGAAAGGCCUUUCACCCGCUCAGACAGUGGGAAUGGAUUCACUCGAUUAUCACAAUUGAAAGUACAUCAGCAAGUUCACACUGGGCAAGGCCAUUCACCUGUUCUGUGUGUGAGAAGGGGUUCAGUCGGUCAUCCCACCUGUGAACACACCAAUCAGUUCACACUGGGCAGAGGCUGGUCAACUGCUGAGUUUCUGGGAAAGGAUUCACUUAGUCAUCUGUUCUAAUGGCACACCAGCGUGUUCACACCGGGGAAAAGCCGUUCACCUGCUCAGAGUGUGGGAAAGGAUUUACACAGACAUCUACCCUACUGGUACAUCAGCGAGUUCACACUGGGGAGAGGCCAUUCACCUGCUCAGUCUGUGGGAAAGGAUUCACUCAGUCAUCCCACCUACAGGUACAUCAGCGAGUUCACACUGGGGAGAGGCCAUUUAACUGCUCAGUCUGUGGGAAGGGAUUCAUUCAGUUAUCCCACCUGCAGAGACAUCAUCGAGUUUACACUGGGGAGAAGCCGUUCACCUGCUCAGAAUGUGGGAAGGGAUUCACUUGGUUAUUCAGCCUACAGAAACAUCAGCGAGUUCACACUGGGGAGAAGCCGUUCACCUGCUCAGUCUGUGGGAGGAGAUUCACUGAGUCUUCCACCCUGCAGAAUCAUCAGCGAGUUCACACUGGGGAGAGGCCAUUCACCUGCUCAGUCUGUGGGAAAGGAUUCACUCAGUCAUCCCACCUACAGAUACAUCAGCGAGUCCACACUGGGGAGAGGCCAUUUAACUGCUCAGUCUGUGGGAAGGGAUUCAUUCAGUUAUCCCACCUGCAGAGACAUCAUCGAGUUCACACUGGGGAGAAGCCGUUCACCUGCUCAGAAUGUGGGAAGGGAUUCACUUGGUUAUCCAGCCUACAGAAACAUCAGCGAGUUCACACUGGGGAGAAGCCGUUCACCUGCUCUGUCUGUGGGAGGAGAUUCACUGAGUCUUCCACCCUGCAGAAUCAUCAGCGAGUUCACACUGGGGAGAGGCUGUUCACCUGCUCAGAAUGUGGGAAAGAUUUCACUCUGUCAUCUACCCUACUGAUACAUCAGCGAGUUCACACUGGGGAGAGGCCGUUCACCUGCUCAGUCUGUGGGAAAGGGUUCACUCUGUCAUCUACCCUACUGGUACAUCAGCGAGUUCACACUGGGGAGAGGCCGUUCACCUGCUCAGUCUGUGGGAAGGGAUUCACUAAUUUAUCCACCCUACAGAGACAUCAGCGAGUUCACACUGGGGAGAAGCCGUUCACCUGCUCAGAAUGUGGGAAGGGAUUCUCUCAGUUAUCCAGCCUACAGAAACAUCAGUGAGUUCACACUGGGGAGAGGCCAUUCACCUGCUCAGAAUGUGGAAGGAGAUUCACUGACUCUUCCACCCUGCAGAGUCAUCAGCAAGUUUACAGUGGAGAGAGGCAGUUCUCCUGCUGAGAAUGUGGGAAAGUAUUCACUCUGUCAUCCACCCUACUGGUACAUCAGCAAGUUCACACUGGGGAGAAACCUUUCAACUGCUCAGUCUGGGAAUGGAUUCACUCAGUUAUUCACCCUACAGAAACAUCAACAAGUUCACACUGGAGAGAGGCCGUUCACCUGCUGAGAAUGUGGGAACGGAUUCACUCAGUCAUCCCACCUACUGACACACCUGUCAGCUCACAAUGGGGAGUGGCCAUUGUUAUGAAUCUCUAGGUUUUGUUUGCUGUGGAGAGAGAGAGAUUAAGAAGGCAAAUGUGUCUGACUUGCAGCUUGUUUACAUUGUGUGCAGCUUGUUUAGUUUUAACUGAGGACACAGACACUCAGAGUCAGACGGAGACGAAGGAGGAAAAAUGGAAAGAAUCGAAACCAGGGAACUAGUGGCCAAGGGUCACUGUUUGGAACUUUCCUUUGCCCACAAGUGUGGGCAAAUUAUCGAUUCUCCGUACAUUGAAUAUGUGGAUGUCACCUCAUUUGAUCCAUUGGAGUGGAUCUGAUUUGGGGUAUCCUGCGGUGACCACUAAUGUGUUAACCCUUGUCUGGCUAUGGUGUGGUAAUUCUUUUGAAGACGAUACCCUUCAUGACAAGUCACUUUGGGUGAUAAUUAGUAUGUGGAUUUGGAAGGAUGACAGAUAAAAUCUACAGCAACUGUUGGUCUUGUUUUACCACCAUGUAACCUGUGGAAUAUGACAUAAUUGCCUUCUCUCAACAUUUACCCUGGAUUACAAAUAUCUCUCUCAUCACCUAUUCUGUGGUUGAACUGAACUUUCAUACUUUACAUCUCAAGACUCCAAGUCUUGUUUCCCCCGAGCUCAAUAGUUUGGGAAUUUUAUUUAUACACAUAACACUCAGGAGGAAAUCUGCAGAUGCUGGAAAUUCAAACAACACACACAAAAUGCUCAUGGAACACAGCAGGCCAGACAGUAUCUAUAAGGAGAACUGUCGACGUUUCAGGCUGAGACCCUUCGUCAGGACUAACUGAAAGGAAAGAUACUAAGAGAUUUGUAAGUAGUGGGGGGAGGCUGAAAUGCAAAAUGAUAGGAGAAGACCGGAUGUGGUGGGAUGAAGCUAAGAGCUGGAAAGGUGAUUGGCGAAAGUGAUACAGAGCUGGGAGAGGACCAUUGGACAGGAGGCCUCGGAGGAAAGAAAGGUGGGGGGGGGCGAAGCACCAGAGAGACAUGGAAAACAGGCAAUUAAAUAUGUCAGUGAUGGGGUAAGAAGGGGAAGAGGGGCAUUAACGGAAGGUGGAGGAGUCAAUGUUCACCCCAUCAGGUUGGAGGCUACCCAGCUUGUAUAUAAGGUGUUGUUCCUCCAACCUGAGUUUGGAUUGAUUUUGACAGUAAAGGAGGCCAUGGAUAGACAUAUCAGAAUGGGAAUGGGAUGUGGAAUUAAAAUGCGUAGCCACUAGGCGGAGUCUGUUGCUGCUGGUUCGUUUCUAAAGCAUUACGGUUUGUAACAAAAUGGGGCCUGCGUCUGGGAUAUGAAGAAAUUUAAGGAUUGAUUUAUUAUCGAUUUCAUUGGGGAAAUCCCUUUUGAUUUAUUUGUGUGUGGAAAACCAGCAGCAAUGGAUGUUGAUAGAUAUCUGGAAGUGUGAGCCUCUCGGGCAUUAGAGAACAGCAGAAGGAUUGAGUUGUUCAGUAUUGCUAUAAUGUUAAUACUUGCUAAGGUGAAAUUGACAAUGAGGAGGGCACAGAUGCGGAGGAUAAUAGCUGAACAUUAUGUAUCUGAGGGUGUGUUUAAAGUGGAGGAGUUGGAGGUGUUUCCUGAAAGUAAACUUAGUGAGCUUGAGAUCCAGUACAAGUGAGAAAAAUUAAAGAUGGAGACUGCGGAAAGGCAGAGGCAGUUUCAGGCUGGAGAGGCAGAAAAGCAGACAGAAAUUUCUCUUACAAAGGGUAAUUAAGGGGAAUGCUUAGCAAGCCUAUUCUGCUUUGACAGUUGCUGAAGCAGCUUAUUAUUUAUUUAUUUAUGCUGCCCCAAUCAUCGCCACUGGGCUAUAAAUCUGCAGGAGCUGUGUGUGGUUCAGUGCUUUGCUCAAGGACACACAAGCUGCCUCGGCUGAGGCUCGAACUCAUGACAUUCAGAUCACGAGUUCAACACCUUAGCCACAUGGUCAUGACCUAUUCAUGACACAUUAUGACCUAUUGAAGCAGGCUGUGCUCAAAGCUUGUGAGUUGGUCCCAGAAGCAGACAGGCAGAAGUUCAGAAAUUUGAAGAAAUCUGUGAACCAGACAUACGGAAUUUGCUUUUGAGAAAUUUGUGUGUCUUGACCGCUGGUGCACAUCUGAACAUGUAAAUGAUAAUUUUAA